GGGAACAAAAGCGGCAAUCAAAACGGUGUCGUUUAGUUCCGAUUAUAAUAUCCAAUAACAAGCAGUCACCUGAUCACCGCCUUCGUUCGGAUACUUGACCUGAUUAGAGAGAAGCCCGCAGAUUUUGCUGCUUCGAAUUUUCUUCUAAUCAAAUUAAAUGAGGAAAUCGGUGAAUCGACCUCCGACGCCGGAAUCAGAUGCGGUGGAGGAUCAACAACAAGAGCCAACGCUACAAGAAAUGCUCAGCAUCAAGUUGAUUGAGAGUGGAGAAAAAGAGAGACUGAUGGAGCUUUUGAGAGAAAGACUGAUCGAAUGUGGCUGGAAGGAUGAAAUGAAAUCUCUUUGCAGGGCAUACGUUAAGAAGAAAGGAAGAAAUAAUGUUACUGUGGAUGACCUUGUUCAUGUUAUUACUCCUAAGGGCAGAGCCUCUGUUCCUAAUCCAGUGAAGGCUGAGUUGUUGCAAAGAAUCCGCACUUUUCUAAUGUCAGCUGCUCUUUGAGUCUCUGCUUGGCUCGGUCUUGUUUGAAGUCCCGAGGGAGGCACAAAGAUCCCUGGUUGGAACCCAUAAUUAGAUUUGCUAUUACAGCAGGUUUUCAGAUAGGAUGAAAGGCUGUGCUGUAUUUACUUGAUCUGCAUCUAGCAGGAACAGAAAACUAAAAAAAAAACUUCCAUGUAACGAGCUUGGACAAGAGUUAUUGUAAGAGAAUUGUUUAACCGGUUUGGUUUCGUAGUCAUUUCAAGUUAUAGAUAGACCCUUUUGUUCA